CUGCGAGCGCGGUAUUUACGAGAGGGCGCACGAGUCUACAAACUGUUCUCUGGCCUUUUCGAGGCACUCGCAGGCGCUUGAUACCCCGAAGCAAGUCUGAGAAGAAUGUGGAUGAAAGCUAUUGUCAUAACCUCCGGUAUCCUGAUAUCGGAAGCGAUCUGGCAGAUGUACAAUGCGUACAAACGUUCACGACGGAAGGCCGUUUCCGACGGUAAAGCGAGACAUAAACGGAAGAUCUUCGAGGUUAUGUUCUUCUCGAAGGAAUCCGCUCGGUGCCGGCCGCAUAUAGAUCUAAAUGCCCCGUGCGGGAGAAAGGAUUGCGCCGUGGAACACUUGAGAAAGCUCGUGCAGUACUUGGAUUCCGCGACCGAGACUCUGGACGUGUGCAUGUAUUUCUUCACGUGUCCGUUAUUGGCGACGGCGAUCGUACGCGCCCACAAGAGAGGCGUUCUUGUGAGAAUGGUGGUAGAUGAGAGUAUGGCGCGCAAUGGUGAUAGUCAGGCGACCAAGCGCUUCUACCACAAUGGUAUUAAACCGAAAAUGAAACAGUUGGAUACGUUAAUGCAUCACAAAUUCGCCAUUAUUGAUAAGGCACUUUUGAUAACUGGCAGUGUAAAUUGGACCAUGUCUGCGUUUUUUGGAAAUUUCGAGAGCCUGUUCGUGACUAACGAACAGGCUGCAGUGAUGCCAUUUGUAAAUGAGUUUGAGAGGAUAUGGACGAUGCUGGAUAGUAUAAAUGCUGAGCAAAGUAAUGCAGUAACUAACACUAAUAUUAAUUCUAAUUCUAAUACAGGAAAAGAUACAUUAACAUAACGAUUGACGCAUUGAUUGCUGUGUGCACAGUAUAUACGCAAUACAUAAUUCAUUAUUUUACAUUUAAUUUUACAUACAAGCUAAGUUGCAAUUUUGCAAGAUAUGAGAUAAUAUUAGAUUCGAUAUUAUGUUAUGUAAUAUAAAUAUCGCGAUUAUUAUAUUUACAAUAUUACGUAUAUUUAUACGUAUAUUAUGUAUAAUUAUUUUAAUAACAAAUUCGAAUAAUAUACAUAUAAACUGUAAAUGCAAUAGUAAUAAUCCGCGUAAGAUUUAAAACGUGACACUCGCAAGUUAUUGACAAGUACGAAAUAUCUAUGUUAUUUUAAGACGAAAAUAUUUUUAUUUUAGUUAUUUUAGUUUAGUAUUUUAUUUUAUUUUAGUUUCAUGUAUAUACAAAUAAAUACGAAGUCUAAUAUUUGAAAGCA